AUGUCACAAGUUGUAUACGUUAACGAAAAGUCAGGUGUUGACAGUACUGAAGUAAAAGGUACUGAGCAACAACCAUUUGCUACUCCAGCUUAUGCUUUAUUUACCUACCCAGAUUCAAAGAUUUAUGUUUUUAAACAAUCAGAAGGAGAAGAACAACAAGAAGGAUAUCUUGAAAUUUCUGCCUCUGCUUUAAAGAAAGCUAAGAAAGGAGCUGAAGGUAUUAAGAAAAAGAUUGAAAAGCAAAUUAAAUUAGAUGAACAAAAGAAACAAAAGGCUGAAGAAGCAAGUUUAAAACUUGCUGAAUUAGAUUUAAUUAAAAUUGAAGAAGAUAAAUCUUUACCAAUUGCUAAGAAGAUUAAAUUAAGAACAAUGCAAGAUAACUUGGAAACUAGAGUUGCUGUUCAAGGUUGGAUUCAUCGUUUAAGAGUUCAAAAGGGUUUAGCUUUUAUUACUCUUAGAGACGGUACUGGAUUUAUUCAAGCUGUUUUAACUGGUGAUUUAGCUAAAGCUAAACAAACUCAAGAAUUAACUAUUGAAUCUACUGUUAUUAUCAAGGGGGUUAUUUCUAAAUUACCUGAAGGUAAGACUGCACCAGGUGGUGUUGAAUUAAAAGCUGAUUAUUAUGAAGUUGUUGGAUUAUCUCCAGGUGGUGAUGAUGCUUUUACUAACAAGGUUCAAGAAAAUGCUGAUCCUUCAUUAUUAUUAGAUCAACGUCAUUUAACUUUAAGAGGUGAAACUUUAUCUGCAGUUAUGAAAGUUAGAGCUACUUUAUUAAAAGCAAUUCGUAGAUUUUUUGAAGAAGAAGGUUUAUUAGAAGUUACUCCUCCAUGUAUGGUUCAAACUCAAGUUGAAGGUGGUUCAACCUUAUUUAAGAUGGACUAUUAUGGUGAAGAAGCUUAUUUAACUCAAUCAUCUCAAUUAUAUCUUGAAACUUGUUUACCAGCUCUUGGUGAUGUUUAUUGUGUUCAAGAAUCUUUUAGAGCUGAAAAAUCUCAUACUAGAAGACAUUUAUCAGAAUAUACUCAUAUUGAAAGUGAAUUAGCAUUUAUAGAAUUUGAUGACUUGUUAUCUCAUUUAGAAAGAUUAAUCACCAAGACAGUUUCAUAUGUAUUGGAAGAUCCUGUUGCUGGUCCAUUAAUUAAACAAUUAAACCCUGAUUUUAAACCACCACAAAUGCCAUUUAAAAGAAUGGAAUAUAUUGAUGCCCUUGAAUGGUUAAAUGAACAUGGUAUUCCAAAUGAAGAUGGUGAACCAUUUAAAUUUGGUGAUGAUAUUGCUGAAGCUGCUGAACGUAAGAUGACUGAUACAAUUAAUCAACCAAUUUUAUUAAUUCGUUUCCCAGUUGAAAUUAAAUCAUUUUAUAUGCAAAAAUGUAAAGAUGAUCCAAGAGUUACUGAAUCAGUUGAUGUUUUAAUGCCAAAUGUUGGAGAAAUUACUGGUGGUUCUAUGAGAACUUAUGAUUAUGAAGAAUUAAUUGCUGCUAUUAAAAGAGAAAAAUUAGAUUUAGAAAGUUAUUAUUGGUUUACUGAUCAAAGAAAGUAUGGUACUUGUCCACAUGGAGGAUAUGGUUUAGGUACUGAAAGAAUUUUAGCUUGGUUAUGUGAUAGAUUUACUGUUAGAGAUUGUUCCUUAUAUCCAAGAUUUACUGGUAGAUGUAAACCAUAA